CACCAGGCCCUUGUAAAGCAAAAAAAAAAUAGUGUUGUGUCUACUGUCUAGACAACCCAAAAUAUGAUGUCCACACAUGUGGACGCCAGGUCCUACGAGGUUAAUCCCUGUUGAGGAAACUGACCCUUAAUGUUUUUAAAUUGAGUUAAGCUUACUGUCAUAAAUAUCAUGUGCAAUUAUUAUUCAUGAAUGCACUUUUUAGGUCGAUCAGUCAAUGGAACAGAUCCAGGUAUUGGAGGGACGAUCACAUUGUGUGCUGGUUUCAAUAAAGUACCAAAAUAUUCCAUCAUCAUUUGGGAUUUCGUCUCAGAAUCGACUCAGCGUAUCGCUGAGUGUCUGCGUCUCCCUGGGAGGAGCAAUAUAAGAUACAGUGGAGACGCAAACCUGCGGCUAAAUCUGAACCGAAUAAACGCCUCACUCACCAUCACCGACCUCAAGACCACAGAUUCUGGAACUUAUCUUAAUACAGUACUGAACAAGGCUGUAACCAGAGACUUUCAGCUCAGAGUGUUGGCUCCUGUUUCUAAGCCACACAUCAGAAAACUCGGAAAGUCUAGUGGCGUUUGUUGGGUGCAGUGCACAGUGAAGAAUGGGGAAGGGGUGAACUUGUCGUGGUACAGAGGCAACAAAAGAAUCUCCAACACCAGCAGUUCAGACCUCAAAAUCAACCUCACACUGCCUCUGAAUAUAUCUGAAUAUAUCAGCACUUACCGCUGUGUGGCUUCAAAUCCAGCAGGAAAUCUGACUGUACAGUUUAACAAAGACGCUCUCUAUACAGGUUCUUCUGUCACACACGUCUUCUGGCUGGUGAUUGCAAUUGUGAUUCUUUUGUUUGUUGGGAUUAUUUUGUUUGGUAAAUUCCUUAAAAAACAAAAAUACUGUGUACUGUAAGUAAGCAUCACAAACUAGUCCCUUUUAUGUCUGUUUUUCUAUUCCUGACUUUUCCAGUGCCAGAUCUGUAAUGGCAUGAGCACCCCUGCAAACUCUAAUAUAUUAUUUCUAAAAAGAGUGGUCUGGUGGUAGGUUUGUUGCAUGUAGUUACUCUGUACUUUUUUGACAGUAUUUCAUAUAUAAACUAAAUGAACAAAACAAUGUGGUAAACACACAACAAUUUAUUUAUCAACCUGUAUUAAAAGUACCUUAAACUAUAGAACAGCUUAAGAAUUUGUUUUGUUUUAAAUUAAGGCAAGAAUAAUAGAGCGAGAGUAAUAUUUACAGUAAAAAUCAGAAAAUGAACAGAAAAAUGCAAUAUACUGCAGACACACUAGAUGGCAGCAUUAAAAUAAUCCAGUUAGGCGUUCAUUGAAGUCUUGCGGGACGCAGACAGACAGGGUUGCCAGAUUCGCAGUUUUUUCCGUAACUGCCAAUAAAUAAAAAGUGGGUGUUGCCUUGGAUGUUUCGUCAACACGGCGGGCAAACGUGUAGAAGUCCAGAAUAAAAUCAGCAGUGUUGCCAACUUAGCGACUUU